UUUAGCAUUUUACACCUUCAAAAAAACCUUUGACUAUAAAAUCUUCAAUUAUUAUCAUCUUUCCAAAACACACACAUACACCAAAAAACGUUUAUUUUUUUCCUCAUAUCAUCAAUUAAUGGCUUUCAAGCAUAAUCUUGUUAACAGGAUGUUCAACAUCUGUAACAACAAUUUCUCCAACCAAACAUUACGCAACUGUCGCAUUUCCCGCUCUUCCUCGGCAAUCACUGCCGAUCAUUUUCCGAUGCCACCCAGUCCUAACCGGGUGGCACCGGAUCCCGGAGACGAUAACCAAACCCUUCUCCGCCGCUUUCUCGUCCCGGAUAUCCUCCGGUCGAGAAACCAAACCAUGUUGGAGAAGCUAAAAGAAAUUAACAUUACAAGAGACAGAAUCCGUUUAGACGGACUCUCUCCACUGCCAGCUCAUCCCGAGUCAUCUCAGGAUGAGCUGACGCUUGCAUAUGCUAAGAAAAUACUUAGAAUAUCUCAAAUUGAAAAUAUGAAAACAAAGCUAAAGAGCCAUACAAAAAACUGUAUCUCGUAUGACGAGUUUAUUGAAAUUUGCGUUGGUGAAUGUCCGAGUAUCGAUCAAGCCAUGGAUUUAGCCAAAGCCUUAGAUGAUUCGGGUUCGGUCAUCGUGUUAGGAAACGUUGUGUUUCUAAAGCCUCAACAGGUAAUGAAAGCCAUACAUGGCUUGAUGCCCAAUAAUUUGCCGGCGACACACAAUGCGCCGUUGAAGGAAUUGGAAGAGAUGGAGCAAUGGAAGUCUACUAUCGACGCUAAGGCAAAAAAGAUGGUUCAAAGAGAGCUAUGGGGCGGUCUUGCGUACCUAAUGGUCCAGACCGCAGGGUUCAUGAGGCUCACAUUUUGGGAACUCUCAUGGGACGUCAUGGAGCCCAUUUGCUUUUAUGUUACGUCAAUGUAUUUCAUGGGUGGCUAUGCGUUUUUCUUGAGAACGGCUAAAGAGCCUUCUUUCGAGGGGUUCUUUCAGAGCCGAUUUAGUUCAAAACAAAAGAAGCUCAUGAAACGCGAAGGGUUUGAUGUGGAAAAGUACAAGGAGUUGAGGAAAGCAUGUUACCCACAUGAAGAGGCAUGGCCAAGGGAAAAUGGACUAGUAGAUGACAUUGCUAAAAAGUCAUUUACUUGAACAUACAUUCAAAUUGAAAAUGCACAACAAAUAUAAUUCUUAUUUUUAAGUUACCCCAAAUUAAUGGCUUAUAUCUAAUUUGGCCCCAUUAGGCUGAGCAGCGGCAUUAUGUAAACUUAACAUGGAGAGUCAAAGUUUUGUUUUUGUUUUCUCUA